AUGGCGGCGGACGGCGACGCGCCGGCGGCGCCGCCGUCCGCGUCGCAAUCCGACGUCAGAGACCUCCUGCGAUGGCGAUCCUCCGUCCGCGCGCGCGCGCUCCGCGAGCCGCCGCCGUCGGUCGUGCCGUGGAAUCAGACGCGACCGCCUCCGACCGCGUCCGUCGUCGCGCGAGAGCUGCGCGUCGCGGGGGAUAAGGUCCAGAUCCUCGCCUCGAACACGACGCCGCCGAGGACGGACGACGCGAGCAUCGCGAAGGACGGGCACGAGAUCGUCGCGCACGUCGUCGCGCGCGCGUGCGACGCCGCGGCGGACGCGAGGGCGAGGGCGGCGGGGACGGCGUCCAUCCCGACCGACGCGCGCCUCCUCGCGAGCACGAGAGACGACGGCGUCCCCGCGCGCGCGAUGGCGUACGACCCGGCGCGCGACGCGAGGGAGGACCUCGAGGCGGCGAAGGACGUCGCGUCGCACGGCUUCGCGUCCUGGAGCGCGCUCGCGUCGCAUCGCGCGGAGGUGCGGAGACCGGCGAACGCGUGCGAUCUCGUCUCGUCGAUCCGCGGCCUCGAGCUCGCGCUGCGAACGCUGCGCGUGAACGAGCGCGUCGUCGUGCGCGUGACGCCCGAGUACGGCGUCAUGCAUCCGUCGUUCGCGCGGAGGAGGCGCCCGCUCCCGACGCGUGAUCCGGAGGACGUGCUGUACUUCGACGUGCAGAUCCUGGCGACGUACCCGGCGCGCGAGGUGUCGAUGAAGGCGACGUCGGCGGCGGCGGCGGCUUCGGCGGCGGCGGCGACGGCGAGCCCGAGCCAGGGCCAGGGCCCGGGCCGUCGCCGCGAGCCGGAGGAAGACGGAACGUCGACCGCCGCGAUUAAAGCAGGCUCGAGCGCGACCACGCGUCCUUCCGCGAAGGUCGGCCGUGACGUGGGCGGCGGCGCCCCGGGGAGGGUCACGAAACGGAUCACGAGGGAAGGGGAAGGGUGGGAGACGCCGCGGCCGCCGUUCGAGGUGGUCGCGGAAAUCUCCGGCCGCGUCCCCGGCGGCGGCGAAGACGGCGAAGACGACGUCGUCUUCCUCCCGAAGACGGUCGUGUCGUACGUCAGCGGCGACGGCGCGAUCGCCCCCGAGCUCGCGGCCGCGAUCGACACGAUGCGCGUCGGCGAGGAGGCGACGAUAUGGUGCGAGCCUCGCGAGGGGCUCGUCGGACGCGGCGGCGGCGGCGCGCCGCCGGCGUCGGCGGCGACGCGGGGCGCGACGUACGAGGCGAAGCUCGUCGCGCUGACGCACGUCCGCGACGUCUACGGCGACGGGGUCGUCGUGAAGCGACGCGAGAAGCCAGGGCGCGGGGAUUUCCCCGCGGACUGCCCCGUGCACGACUGCGUCGUUCGCGUGCAUUACGCCGCGCGCGCGUUCGCGACGGGCGGCGGCGGCGGCGGCGGGAGCGGGGACCCGGCGUACGACACCCGAACGGAUGAAACGCUCGAUUCGAAACCGUUUCAAUUCAUGCUCGGCUCCGGCGCGGUCCCAGACGCGCUCGAGACGUCCGUGCGGCUGAUGGUUCCGGGGGAGACGUCCGUGGUGACGCUGUCGGACGCGCGACACGGCCGACACGGGUACGGCGGCGAGAGGGCGUUUCCCGGCGCCGUCGCCGACGCGAUUAAAAAAAUAGAAGAAGAGACCGCGACCGGCGUCACCGUGGAGUGGAUCGUGACGUUGAUCGACUUCGACGCGCCCGUGAACUGGCACAAGGCUGAAUUCGCCGAUAUGCUUCGCGAGACGGAGGCGGGAAAGAAGGAGGGCAACGCGCUCCUCGCGCGCGGCGACCUCGCGCUCGCGCGUCGCAAGUACGAAGUCGCGCACCACCAACUCUCCGGGUUGCGCGGGAUGGACUCUGACGACGAACACGCCGCGGUCGCGGCGUUGAAACGCGCGGUGCUCUUAAACCUCGCCCUCGCGCUGCAGCGCCAGGGCGAGCACGCGGAGGCGCUGCGGCGGCUCGGGGCGCUCCUGCUCGCGGACGGCGACGACGUGAAGGCGCUGUGGCGUCGGAGCGUGUCGCUCCUCGCGACGCACGAGCACGACGCGGCGCGGCGAGAUCUUCUUCGCGUGUACGCGUUGGAUCCCACGCUCGCCGGCGAGUGCGAGGCGCAGUUGAGACGCGUGGACGCGCGCGAGGAGGCGGCGCUGGGGAAGGAGAAGAAGGUGACGUCCGCGAUGCUGUCGGAUCCCGUGGGCGAAGAAUACAUGGACGAAGACUCGCGGCUCGCGGAAGCGAUGGUGAGAGACCAUCGCGUCGCGGAAGCCGUGGUGAAAGCGUCGCCGUCGACCGUCUCUAUGUGA